UUGAAUGCAUUCGUGCGUUUUGCAUAUGUAUAUAUAGCUUUGCCCCUAGCGGCCAUGCAUGGAACAAUCAACAAACUCCCGCUUUGAUCGCCUCUCUCUCUGUCUCUCUCUCUCUCUCUCUCUCUCUCUCUCUCUCCACCACCACCAUGAGAUGCCGACACCGCUUUGUCAUACGCCGGCAACCAUCCUAGCGAAAGAAAUGAAUAUAGGGUCAUCCAUUGCUCGUCUGUAAUUUUGGUUCAUGUUCUUCGUAUUACAUAAGAUUUAGCCAUCUCAGUUAGAUUUCUAUGGGAGAAAGGGAUGGCGAUGCGCGGGUCCAGGCCGUCAUCUGCCUCUUCUUCGUGUGCGUCGUUGCCGGGGGUGUCUUCCUCAGCCUCUACAUAUUCCUUCCCGAGACGGAAUCCAACAGCUGGUUUUAUCUCGCCGGCAUAGUCCUCGAGGCCAUCCCAUGGUGCUUUUGGCUUCUUGGUUAUCUCUACUCUUGUCUCCGGCCUAGACCUGCAAAUAAUCCGCCCAAAGGGCUCUCCGCUCGUGUAAAUAGCACAGCUGUGGCGCCGGCGCCGGCGAAUAAUCCGCAGUCGCCGGCAAAGGAUUCCCCUCGCAGCGGGGACAAUGAUGAUGACGAGCAAAGGCGCGUUCAUUUUGGCGCUGUGAUUGUGAUGGGGAAUGAGCAGCAAAACGAACAUCAAUCAGGUGUUGAAGGGCAUAAUAAUAAUGCUCUGGGGAAUGGAAAAGGUGGAGGUGAUCAUUCUCACAGCAACACCGGGUCGACUUCAAGCACAUUAAAUGAUCACGAUCUGUCGAUCGGUUCGAGGGAAAGCGAGAUGCCAUUGACUCUUGGGGUUUCCUCUUGUAAAUGAACCUUGUGUGAAGGUUAAUGUUAAACAUUUCUGAUGCAUACGGUGCAAAUAGCUGUCAAUAUUUGUUAGAUAUCAAGAUGAGACAAUGGAGUCGAUGUGAUUUCACCGAAGAAUGAUUCCUUUUUUU